GAGAGAGAGAGAGAGAGAGAGAGAGAGAUGCUCUCUUAUGCUUGUUAAAUAACCUACAUAGGGGAAUUCCUCCUCGUUCGUGAUAUAAAUGCAGAACCGCAAACAUGCAUUCUUUGGUGUGAACAGGACUUCACAUUAAAUAAAGUUCAGCGAGAUACAUUUUAGGCCACACUGUAAACAGGACAGAAUCGUGGGGCGUGUGUCUUGGAAAACAUAGUUUGACCAAUGAGCUUCGACAUCUUUGCCACAUGGUUAGGCUUGUUUACUACGAAACCUGAAAACCUGCUGGAAGACACUGCCAAAAACCCGGACAUGGAUUUUUACCGCUUCACCUCAAACCUCUUCAUGUUGGAGGCUGUAUUAAACGUCACGAAUGGUGUUUCCAUAGCGUUAACGCUAUCCACUCUAUAAACCUCGAUCUGAGUAUGAGAGCUGUUGGUAUUUUGAUUGAAUACACAUAUUUCUGCAAGUGAACAAAUCCGUUCCACUGGUUGGAGAAUAAUCCAUUGCGUGUUUGGAUUUAACAGGCAUAGCCCCUUUCAGAGAGAACAGAGCAUUUUCAAGUUACAGCCGGUCAGAGCGAGCUGGAAGGGAAGGGGGUGUGUAGCCUAUAACAUACGAUCUCCUUCAUGUCUCUGUCAUCUUUUACUACUACCUGGCCAGAAGCAGGAGACCAGGAGAGUGGUGCUAGUGACUGUACAGAGAGACAAACGUUGCGACAGAUUGACAGACAGACAGACAUGAUACCCAAAACUCGUCUAGGGAAGCGUUCUCCAAUGGGAGCACUGGUGUACCCCUCCCAGGAGGAUUCCGUGGAGUCUCAGGGGUUACACAGAGACUCUGGACCCCAGCCCCACCUCGGCAGGGUCAAGCUGCACCCAGGGCAGAAGGUGUAUGUGAUAUGUGGAGGACAGGAGUGCUGUGGGGUGGUGCAGCAGCAUAACCAUAUGGAUAACCAGGUGUCUAUCCUGCUUCCUGCUCUGGGACAGCACAUCCUGAGGAAGGUGGAAGACGUGUGGACCACCCCCUCUACACCUCCACCCCCACCCACCACCCCAAGCACUGUCAGCUCACCACUCACUGUGUCCUCCUGCAUAGACGUACCAAGGAGCAACCACAGCCCUGAGGCUGUGGACAUGGAUGAGAUGAUGGCAGCUCUGGUGCUCACCAGCCUCUCCUGUAGCCCAUUGCUGCAGAGUCUACCUCAGAGAGACAUAACAGGUGUGGAGUGUGGUGGAGGGGAGCUCUCUGACAGUGGCAGCAGUGGUUACUGGAGCCUGGACUGUGGCAACGGAAGUCCUGAUCCCUCUCCACCAAUGACUGAGGCUGAGGGUAGCCUGGCCAUGCCCCCUGACGAGGGAUUGGACAUGGAGCUGGAGCAGGUGCUGUUUGAUGAACCAGCACCAAGGAGACGCAGGAACUCAGUGAAGUUGGCCUACAGGUGUCUGUGGCCUAGUUGUGGAAAAGUGCUGACAUCAGUGGUGGGGAUCAAACGCCACAUUCGUACACUCCACUUGGGCCAAAGUGGUGAACAUGAGCGUUGUUCUCGCAGCGAGGAGGACUUCUACUAUACUGAAAUCCAUCAGAGAGACCCUCUCACUCCUCCUCCACCUGUCCCCUCCAGCCUCACACUCUCCAGGCCUGAAUCCCCCAGCGACGGAGGCUCCCAGCCCAGCCCCCUGAGCCUGUCAGCUCCCUCUGCCUCCGGAAGCAUCUGGCAGGUCCACUCAGAACACUCCUACCAGGCCCCUGCUCCUGUCUGUGUGGUUGCCCCUAACCCCACCUCACACUGCAAACAGGCUGGAUCAUUCCGUGUGCGCUCCGUCAGUGUCGGGGAACAGUGGCUUCAGCAACACAGCGCCUCCAUCAGGCCACACCCCGCCGGUACCUCUCCCCCACGCACGCACUGGACCUCCAGGAGGGUGCGUGGAGAGGCUAAGAAGUGUCGGAAAGUGUAUGGCAUCGAGCACCGGGACCAGUGGUGUACAGCAUGCCGCUGGAAAAAAGCCUGCCAGCGCUUUCUGGACUGAUCACUCUUGGAGAGAGGGAUGGAGGGAAGGAGAGGGGGAUGAGGAUGAGGAGACAGGAAGAUAGACUAUAACAGAGGAGGGUUCACCUCCUUAAUAAACUCUGAGGAGAUGAUACCUGGAGUCAACCAGCAGAGCACCAGUGUAUGUGUUAGUAUCUCUUUUCAACUUGUACUUUUGUACAUUUUGUGAUGUUUUUUUAUGGUUGGGGGGGGUUCCUAAAGUGUAAUGGUGUAUUUUGAAAUUAGUGCCGCUGCUGGCGUUGAACAGGGAGAGGGCAGCUGUAAUCAAAUAUGAUCUUUAAGAGCAGCUAACAGCACCCUAUCCCUCAGUUUAUCUGACUGAAAUUAUUUCAGAGUAAAUGAGCAAUGCCAUUUGUCCUCUGUGACCUCUGACUGAACAAUUGGGGUCUGUUGUCAUUUCAAAAUUAUGUUAUCUAUUCCAUUUCCUGAUAAAUGCCUUUUUCGCACUGAUAGGAAGUUAUAUUCCCUUGAUUCCGCUAUAAAGGUGUCUGUCAACGAGUUAAUGGUCAACAUGUCUGAACACUCAGAACUGGACAUACGUCAUUUGAUGAUAAGUGUAUAUUUGGACCAUACUAGUUUCUGGAUUACAUAAAUACAUGUGUUUCUCCCUUCAAAACUGCAAGUAGCUUUUUGAUGAAAUUAACUUUUUCUUUUGGGAACAAAAAACAUGUUUUGUACGUGUAUUUUGUGCAUUUUUGUAUGCUAUAAAGUUGUCUUUGUGUUGCCGCUGUUGCUCUGAGAAAAGUUUCUCUCAGGUGUCGUGAUAAUACUUAAAGUAAUACUUACUGAACCACCUGGCCAUGAGGUAACACAUUGGAUCUCUUCUGAACCAUAAACCCUUUACCUCUCAGACCUGUGCAUUAUCUUCCAAGUGAAACAUCUUUUCACAAACCAGUCCUUUCAUUAUUGCCUUAAAAGCUAAUAUUGUAUAUUGGACAUCCUUGUUAGUGAGGUGUGGUGACAGAAAUAUGUUGUUUUGUAACUACCCUAUUCAUUUAUCUCUGGUGGGGUGUUGAGGACAUAUUCUGGAAGAGAAUACAGAUCUAUCCUGCUAGAACCAGUCUACAUGCCAAACAUGACAUUGUGAUGUUGAGGAAAUAUAUGUCCGUGAUAACUUGACAUGGAUACCUGGAGUCUUCAUUUAACUUCUUAAAGAAGGUCAAGGGUUGUUUAUUGUAAAAUCUAUUUACAUUGCAAGUAUAUUAGUCUUAUAUUAGAAACAUGUAUGUCAUAACUUUUACUUGCCGAGGCAGACGACUGUGAUAAACCCAAACACUUGUUAAACGGGUUUACUUAAAAACAUAUAACCUGCAGCCAUGAAUCCACAGAGCAAAAAAGCAAAUCAAGUUUAUUUAUGUAUAUUGUGCUAUGUAUAAUUUAGCCAUGUAUGUAGCCAUUUUUUGCCAUGUACUCUUCUAUACACCAUCUGAAAUGUUUGUUGUUGAAAACUCUUCAUAAAGACUGAUUCUUCAUUU